CUGUCCAUCUGCCCGCCUGCUCCUGCCUCCUCAGCUCAGCCUCGGCUGGUUCCCCGUGUGGCUGGAAGCUGGCUUUCUGGCAUCGAGGGGUUUUGGUGCCUUCCCCUCGGUGGGGGCGGAGGCGGGUGUGCGUCCUGGGGAGGGGGGGUGCGUGUAUCUGGCAUGCCCAGGACUGGAACGAUCAACAUUCAUCUGUGAUACACCAGACGGUAGAGCUGACUCCGGCUGGCAGCCAGGGAGGGUUUUGACACCAGACGCUCUGCUGAAGUUUAGGGACUAGCCGAGGGAAGCAGGGAGCAACCUCUGCUGUCCCCUCUGCACCGAUGGAUCUACAGGGGACGGGCACCAGCUGCACCAGGGGCUGAGAUCCGUUCAGCUCACUUGCCUCUCCCAAAAGAGCCUUUAGUUCACCCCCUCCGCCCCGUCAGUGACUUUCCAGGGAGAAUCUCUCCCUUCCCCUUUGCUGGAUGGUUGAAGAAGGCGUGGGCAGUGGGGACAGGGCACCCCACAGGGGGCUGCGGGGACCCCGUCGUCCUCUGGCUGCACCGAGGAACAUGUCGGUGGUGGGCAAGGCCCUGUGGAGCGUGGAGCGGGCGGGGAAGGGCUGGCGGUUUGAACAGCCCAUCGGAGUGGACUGCAGCUCGCCCGAGCCCCGCUGCAUCUGGUUGAGCAGCCUGCGGAAUGACAAUGCCGACCUGGAGCACAGGUGGUACCGUGCCGGGGCCGCCCUCCCCAGGCAGAAACGCCGCUCGCGCCCUCGGCUGGAGACACGCCACACGCCGCCGCUGGGCCGGAGAGAUGGGACCUCUCCGAAUGACAACGCCCCCCUGGAGGAGCCCUUCCCCUGGGUGGGGCCGAAGACAGUGCUGCUGCGGAAGAGCUCGCAGGGGGGGUUCGGCUUCACCCUCCGACAUUUCAUCGUCUACCCCCCGGAGUCGGCGGUCCACUCCAAUGUCAAGGAGGAAGAGAAUGGAAACCGAGGAGGAGGACCUUGUCCCCGGAGCCGCCUGGAGCCCAUGGACACCAUCUUUGUGAAGAAUGUGAAGGAAGAUGGGCCUGCGCACCAGGCUGGCCUCCGCACAGGAGACCGGCUUGUCAAGGUGAACGGGGAGAGCAUCAUCGGGAAAACCUACUCCCAGGUCAUAGCGCUGAUCCAGAACAGUGACGAUGCCUUGGAACUCUCCAUCAUGCCCAAAGACGAGGACGUCCUCCAGCUGGCCUAUUCUCAGGAUGCCUACUUGAAGGGCAAUGAACCCUACUCCGGGGGAGCCCAGAGCAUCCCGGAGCCACCUCCCGUCUGUUACCCACGGAAGACCUACCCGUUCCAGUCCAGGGCUCCCAGCCGGGAGGCGAUGGUAGCCGAGCCUUUGCAGGGACAGCAGGCGGACGGCAGAUCCUACCGGCCUGCUCCUUCAGGCCCAUCUUCCCCCUUGAACAGCGCGGCACUCAGCAGCUCCAUGCCCAGCACGUGGAACGAGGCCAGAAGCGACGCCGCUCGGGAGAUCGGCAGCACCCAUUCCAGCCCGGCCCACCGCACAGAGGAGAUCCAGUAUGGAAUGACCCAGCCGAGGCCCGGGAUGCCCGUCGCAAGGCCGGUCCCAGCCCCCGGCUCCUUCUCACGCGUCUCCAACACCAGCUUCGCAGGUCCCCUUGCUUCUUCCUUGCCAGAGAGGUACGGCGUCCCGACUGCUUCCUCCAUGGCCAGCCAGGCCUGCUACGGGGUCCCCAGGCACCUCCCAGACCAUCGGACUCACUGCGGUUUCAAGGAUGGCCGGGAUGUUAGCAUGGGGCCUGGCGGCCCGGGCCGUCCCUCCUGGGAGUAUCUGGGCGGCCCCAAGGCCGUCAGCCGGCUGGAGUGCCAGCAGGCGCUCUCCAACUGGCUGUCCAGCCAGGUGCCACGCCGGAGCGCCUCGGAAGAGCGGAGGUACGCUAUGCCGCCCCGGUACCGCAGCGUCUCUCAGGACCGCCUGGGAGACACCCCGGCCUCCAGAGGCUGGCCCCACAGUGCCUCGCAAGACACCUUGCUCCAGCCCAGCCACGACAGCUGGGGCUACCGGGCCCGGUCCGACAACUCCCUGGGGAGGUACGGGCGCUCCAUGGAGGCGCUGGAGCAGAGCGCCCUGGUCUCGCCCCGCUUGGACAAGUGCACGUGGCUGCCGGAGAAGUUCUAUAGGCCGGGCCCCGGGCAAGUUGCCCGAGCUCAGCCUAGCCAGCCAAGUUCGUACGCCCCCUCCUGCUCCUCUAGAGAGCCUCCCCCCGCCCACGUGCAGAAACACCCUUCCCAGCCCAACCUGCAGAGCGUCGACGACUCGGGGUACAUUGGGUAUAGGAGCUACAGCCCCUCCUUCCAGCGCAGGACUGGCCUACUCCACGCACUCUCCUUCAGGGACCCUAUCUUUGGUGGCCUUCCAGUGUUCAAUAUAUCGCAAAGGCAAGGAACCCAACCAGCACCUUACCCGGACAGUGGGCCCGAGAUUCCCAAGGACCAAAGAACCCCCAGCCAAGACAGCGGCGCCAGGUCUCUCCAGCCGCCUCUGCCUCGGCCCGAGGCGGAGGAGAGGAAAGAGGAGGUGGUCCUCAGGCAGAAGCCCCCCACGGGCCGCAAGGCGCCAGCCCCCGCCAGGCAGAUGAACUUCAUCUUCCCCGACCACAUGAAGGAAACGGACAUUUGUGACCCGCCGCUGAGCUGCAAAGGGGACAAGCCGGUGGCGGAGCGGCCCGCCCGGCGGGUGGCACCAUUGGCAGUGCCAGAGGAUUCCCUGGCAUCCAUUCCAUUUAUAGACGAGCCGACGAGCCCCAGCAUCGACCUGAAGGCAAAGCACAUCCCUGCCUCCUCCGUCGUCUCCAGCGCCGUGAACUCUGCCCCCGCCAUCACCGGCAGCCCCUCCUCACCCACCUUCACCUUCGCCAUCAGCCGCCAUUACUCCCAGGACUGCAGCAGCAUCAAAGCCAGCCGCCGAUCCUCCUACCUCCUGGCCAUAACAACGGAGCGCUCCAAGUCGUGUGACGAUGGUCUGAACACAUUUCGUGACGAGGGGAAGAUCCUAAGGAGGACGCCAAACCGGGUGCCAAGUCUGCGAAUGCUGAGGAGUUUCUUCACGGACGGGUCUCUGGACAGCCUCGGAAUGUCUGAAGACACGAGAUCAAAGAGGCACUCGACCUCCGACCUCUCGGACGUGACUUUCAGCGACGUGAGGAAAGAGGGCUGGCUCCACUACAAACAGAUCCUCACCAAAAAGGGGAAGAAAGUUGGCGGGGGCAUCCGGCAGUGGAAGCGCGUCUUCGCCGUUCUCCGCGCACACUCCCUUUACCUGUGCAAGGACAGGCGGGAGGCCGUGACCUACGCGCCGCCCCAAGGUGAGGAGGAGCAGCCGAUCAGCAUCCGAGCGUGCCUGGUGGACAUUUCCUACAGCGAGACCAAGAGGAAGCACGUCUUCCGGCUGACGACCGCUGACUUCUGUGAAUAUCUCUUUCAGGCAGAGGAUCGGGACGACAUGCUGGCCUGGAUCAAAGUCGUCAGGGAGAACAGCAAGGCCGAGGGCGAGGACCCUGGGUUUGCAAGCCAAGCGCUUAUCAACAAGAAGCUAAAUGACUACCGGAAAGUGAGCCCCUCUGGAAUGAAACCAGACUCUUCCCCCAAGGGCUCGCGCGGGCUGGGGAUCAAGGCCGAGCUCCUGAAGCAGACGGGGACGAGCGCCCCCCGCUCCCCAAGGCAGGACAUGGCCGUGACUAAAGAUGACGGUGCCCCCCAGAAAGCCCCUUGGGGCAUCAACAUCAUGAAAAAGAACAAGAAAUCUGCUCCACGGGCCUUCGGCGUCAGGCUGGAGGACUGCCAGCCCGCCCCAGCCAACAAGAACGUCCCGCUGAUCGUGGAGGCCUGCUGCAAGGUGGUGGAGGACAAGGGGCUGGAAUACAUGGGCAUCUACCGCGUGCCCGGGAACAAUGCCGUGGUGUCCAGCCUGCAGGAGCAGCUCAACAAGGGAAGCACCGAGAUCAACCUGCAGGACGAGAGAUGGCAGGACCUGAACGUCAUCAGCAGUCUGUUGAAAUCCUUCUUCCGGAAGCUCCCAGAGCCCCUGUUCACAGACGAUAAGUACAACGACUUCAUCGAAGCCAACCGGAUAGAAGAUGCCAGCGAGAGGAUGAAGACGUUGCGGAAACUGAUCCGGGACCUGCCGGGGCAAUACUACGAGACGCUCAAGUUCCUGGUGGGGCACCUGAAGACCAUCGCGGACCACUCUGAGAAGAACAAGAUGGAGCCCCGGAACCUGGCCCUGGUCUUCGGCCCCACGCUGGUCCGCACGUCCGAGGACAACAUGACGGACAUGGUGACGCACAUGCCAGACCGCUACAAAAUCGUGGAGACCCUCAUCCAGCACUCGGACUGGUUCUUCAGUGACAAGGAGGACAAGGGGGAGAAGACCCCUGUGGACGAGAAGGAGGCGCAGUCGGUGCCGAACAUCGAGUACCUGCUCCCCAACAUCGGGAGGACAGUGGUGCCAGGGGAUGCCUCAGAUUCAACCAAUAGCGGCUCUGCCAAAUCGAAGGGCUCGGGGGCGCCCCGGAAGGAUCAGUACAACAAGGAGCUGCUCGCCAUCUCCUUCAUCGCCGCCGUCAACCGCAAGAGGAAGAAGCGGCGGGAGGCCAAGCGUUUGGGGAGCAGCACGGACGACGACUCGGAGCACGAAGCCACCAAGGGCACCAGCAAAGGCAGAGCCGAGGAGGCCAGGGGUGGGGGUGCGGAGGAGGAAGAGGCCAAGGGGCCGGGUUGCGGCGUGGCCCCCGGAGAGCCAGGCCCAACGCGCGACGCUCCGAGCCGCCGAGCGAGCACAGAGGAGCAGGCGGGACCGAGGGAGCCAGCGCCGGACGCCCGGUCCAUCGUCUCGGGCUAUUCCACCCUGUCCACCAUCGACCGCAGCCUGUGCUCGGAGGUGCAGUCGGUGGCCGAGAGCCGAGGUGACGAGGCAGACGACGAGCGCAGCGAAUUCAGCCACGUGGAGACUGACACGGAGAGCAGCUUCCUGCUGGGGAGGGCGGGGCCGGGCGCCGGGCAGGGGCCCGAGGCGGAGAGCGGCGAGAAGGAGAAACUCGCCCGGGCCUCCUUCAACUCCCACCGGCUCAUCCAGUGCGACACGCUGGCCCGCAGAAAGCUGGCGCGGCCCCGUCUGGACAGCGAGUCGUCCACCAAGGGCAGCCAGGAGUCCCUGCAGCCCCCGGGGGCCGGUGGGGAGCCGUGGGGCAGCGGGGCCCCGGCCAGGCCCUCGCUGACGGAGCAGAUCCGCCUGCGUCUGCGCGGCUCGGCCGACGACAUGCUGGCCGUGCGCCUGCGCAAGCCCCACUCCCCGGAGACGCGGCGCAAGAAGAGCUCCUGGAGGCGCCAUACGGUGGUGGUGCCCGGCGGCCUGAAGGACCUCAACUUCAACGAGUGGAAGGAGCAGCAGACGCCGGGCCAGGGUCCCCCCAUGGGUCCCGAGCUCUGCCCCCCGGACACCGGCGCCUCCUGCAGGGACCUGCACAGAGACGACAAGGACUCGGGCCUCAGCAGCCUGGAGUCGACCAAGGCCAGGCCCUCCUCGUCCUCGGCCCUGAGCCACCAGGGCGGCGCCGGUGAGCAGCUGCACAGUAAGGGCCCGGAGGGGAACCCUGGCGACCGGGGCCCGGCUCCCACCCGCGCAGCUUCUUUCCGCUUCCACCAUUGUCUCUAACCCCCGAGGCCUGUCUCUGCUUCCCCCCCCAUCUCUCUCGCCCCCUGUGCUGCCGCUUGUGGCGAAGGCUGAAGUCCCCUCUCUGGGCGGUUCCACAUCCGCACAGAGGUUGGAGCGCCCCCUAGGGGCCAGCAGCCACUCGCCCUGAUUUUGCCGGCCUUGCCCCUUGAACGUCCCUUGGCCUUUCUCACGGGGCUCCCUAGGCUGCCGGAGACGCCCCCGGCCGCGCUGCCUGGCUGGCGCUCGGGCGCGGUGUUCAUUGAACGACCCUCCCUUGGUUUGGGGAUGUAAUCGUGAGUCUGUUUGAUUUGUCUUCCUUUUUAAGACUCCCCCACCCCUGACGUUGCCAGGCCAGGCCUGGGUGGGGGAUUGUCCGCAGCUCGGAGCGUCCCGGCCUCGCCACAGAGCCGGGAUCCCAGCCCUUUGGGUCCAGCCUGCAGCUGGGAUGGGCGGGCAUGGCGUACCCACAGGAUGCACUUGGCCUGAGACAGGCAACCCCUCCCCGGCCUCCUGGCCUCCCCCAGCACAUCUCCCUGCAUGGCUGCGGGGUCCCUGAGGCUGCCAGAUCCGCUCCACUGUCCCCCGGAUGUCACGGGGGGAGCGUGCGUGGCUCUCGCUGCCUCCCCCUUGGUGGGGGAUCCCACGGUUCCUGCGAAGGGCUGCUCCCCGCUGACGCGGGGAGUUGGGGGCAGGGGAAUGGUGCUCCGAUUUCCAUGAGACCAUUGCCAGCCCCCCGCUGCCAGCCCCCAAACCUCCCAGCAGGAGCUGGUGCCUCUGAAAUCCUGCCCCAGCUCUGGCAUCACAUCACUGUGCCCCUCCCCCUGCCCCCUCGGCUCAGAGAAAGUGCCCCCUGGUGUGCAAGGAACUGCUGGGUGGCUUUGAACAGAGGGUCCCUGGCACCCCAGUCCCGCCCGCCCCCAAGAGGCCCUCCCUUUCCCAAGCCGGUUCUCCCACCCCGGGUCAGUCCAGGGUGAGCGAGGCGGCUGUGGAAUGGAGACAGGAGGCCGCGCAGACACAGCGCCCGCACGUGGGCUUUUCUCAAGAGCGUGAGCGUUUUUCCGCUGGCCCGUAACACUGGCGUGUGCAUGUGUAUGCACAUGCACCAUUCAGGUCUGUGUGUGUGCACAUGCGUGUGCACCAGUCGCCUGUGUGUGUGCACGUGUGCACCAGUUGCACCUGUGUGAGUGCGUGCAUGUGCACCAGUUGCACAUGUGUGUUCAUGUACACCAUUUGCACAUGUGUGUGUGUGCACGUGUGUGCUAUGGCUGUGCCCCAUGGAGCACGUGCCUGUGGUGCCCUUGUGUCCAGCCUGAUUCAGUGUUGGGUAAUUGGUAGAUGUAGGUGUGGUGGCAUCGUUGGCACCUGAGCAGGAGUGUGUGUGUGUUGGGGCUGUUGGCACGUGCUCAGUGACCACAUGCCCGCUGGCACCAGGUGCGGGGUCCACUCGCGUGAAUGCUGGGAAAUGUCCCUCGUGCCAAGGGGCCCUUUGUUCCCCAGCCCCUCCCCUGUGCCAGGCCGCGCCAGGUCCUACGCUCUGCCAGGGAGGAGGUGCUGUUGUUUGCUAGCCUCAAAGCCACGGGGGAAGAAGCAAGAGAAGGAGCAGGGGCUGGGGAAGCGUAGGAAGGGGGCCCAGGUCAUGGCUGGUUCAGUGCUUCCAGUGUGGCAGGGAAACCCAGCCAGGGAAGCAGAGCUACGUGGGCCAGCCAGGAACAUCCCGGGAGGAGGGAGGAAUCCUGGCCCCAUUGCAGUCGAUAGCCCCACCGGCAUCACUGGGGCCUGGAGCUGAGCCCUGAGCACUCGGCAGCUGCCCUUCCUCCCCGGACACGACCCUCAGCUGCUCUCUGCGGCCCGAGGCCUCCUGCCCCUGGACAGGCGGGUUCACAAAGCUCACUGAGGUUAAGCCGCCCGGUGGGACUCGGGCACUCCCAGGGGAGCGUGGGGGCAUCUUUGGCUGGGCAGCCCCCUGGCUAGCAGGUGGAGUGGGCAGCUGGGGACGUGAGCGUUAGGUGACACCCCCAGGCAGGUCGCAGCCCCUUUGAGAAGCAGGGCGGGGAGGGGGGUGUGAGCGAGCGGUGCGGGUGCACACAGGACACACAAGUGGCACUGCAGAGAGCAGCCAGGCCCAGGGCCCGUGGCAGCGACGCUGGGAGAACGCACGGCUCACGGGAUUGAGACUAGAUCUAUCCUGGCCGCUGUCGAGUCAGGCCCUUGCUAGCAGCGCCGACCGGGGAAAUGGCCCGGGGUAAACCCGUAAUGCCCAUCGCGCCAUCCGGCCCCGAGCCUGUUUCCAGCCGGGUUGUGGGCAGCCCAGUGUUAAUGCUCCAGACCCGGUGCCGUGUGGCUGCGAACACAGCAGGGCCAGUGCCCCAGGCGGUUUAAUCCUAGUCCCUACCUUGCACAGCCCGGCUUUCAGCCCUACCAGCUCGCCUCCUCCCAGGCCCCCGCAUGCCCAGGGACAGGCCUGGCGUGUUUGUGUCUCACAGCCCAGUUGGUUCCCAGCACUAACUGGCUGCCCUUUGCCCCGCACCUGGGUAGAGCAGCUGUGGCCAGAGCACAGAGAGAACUGGGUUUGAAUGCAGGGCUUGCCGGAGCCCGGAGCGUGCACACUUGCUCUGCAUCGCCCUUGGGAUGCACAAGGACUGGAGCAUUCAAACCACUGCGACAGGAAUGUGUCCACCCUGCAAACCUCCCCUCGCCCACCCCUGCUGGUUUCACCCAGGAACUCGUUUGUGUUUUGUUUUCCGUCACACCGCCAACGUCCCAGUGCUUGUGCCACCCGCCCAGCUGGGGGCACCGGUCACGGCCUUGCGUCUCAAAGCGCUUUUGCAACCGAUGCAGCCGCCUUGGGGGCAGGCCGCAGCAGCUGUAACAGGGUGCAGGGUUCGGGUUAAGGGAGCCAAUGGGAACUGGUGAGGGUGCUGCGGGUAGGUGAGGCUAAUCUUACACAAACUGGAAUUUGGCUCGUCCUGGCAGCCUGUCUCUCGCUACAGACAUAGUGCCGUGGAAGAGUUUUGAGUCCGUCGCACGCUGCAUUUCUCAGCGUCAGGAGGGCCGACACUGGCGUGAGCUCAUUCCUCCCAGGUAACUGGAGCCAGGCAGCGUAUUAAUUCCAUGCACAGAAAGUCCCACUUUCUACCAGGCAAGCAAACGUCUGUCGUCCUAUGCAGUGGUUUAUAUUUUUCCUCUUGAAAAUGGUAAACUGUGUUUUCAUGCUGCUAGAUUGUGGCUCCCUUUUAGUUUGAAAUUAAAACCACCCCCCCCCCCCGCCAAAUCCAAUGCACCCGUCUCUGUGUUUAGAAAAAAGGCCAACUGCAGCCCCGUGCCAGGCGAUGGUCUUACUGACCCAGGGGUACUGUCUCUGCAGCGAGCGCCCAGCUGUCCUCUACCACGCUGGGGCUACAAAAUAACGCCACGCCGCGUCUUCCGCUUUGAACUGCCGCCAUUCCAAUGAGAGGCCUUGGGAGGAUUUUAAAAAUAAAAUUAAAACAAAAAAAAAAAACCUUACUCCAGUUUCUGCAUCGUUCUCAUACUUUAUGCAAAUAAUUGCUGUAAAGUUUUGUUGUUUUCAUUUUUUUGUGUAAAUACUGUCUUGAAAUGUGUAACAUAUUACAAAGAAUUUAUAAGGAUUUUUUUAAGAAGUUUCGCUCAUUUAAAAAAAAAAACCCCAGAAGAAAACCACCAAGUGCUGUAACAGUGUUGAAUUUUUAAAACCUUCCUGCAUGUGUCAUGUUUUUCCUUGAUGUGUUGUAAAAGGUCAGACAUAUAUAUGGAAUAUGCAAAACUAAAAAAAAACCAACCCACCUGGUUUGGCCCUCGCCGCCGUACAGUUCUAUAUAUUGGAAAUAAACUGGCGUAUUCAAGGAA